UAGCCGUCGCGUCACGACACACUUGUCAUUUUCUCCCGAGUUUGUGGCAGUGUUGGCGCUACAGAGACGUCGUUCGCCGAGUCCGAAAGUUGUGGGGCCUCCCGCUCGUAAGGUCGCUGUCGAGCUGCUGCUGUUAAGACAUGCUUCACUUUCGUGGGUGACUUGGACAACAACGACGGAGGUGACAUGGAGCCACUCAAGCCAGAUCAUGCCCAGACGAAAGUACGUGCAAUGCCACGCAAACUGCCUCGAAGCUCACCUCCCGGGGAAGAGCAGCAAUGCUCCAAUGCAAAUAGCUUCAAGUACAACAGCCACGUUUUGCAAAAUAUUUGCGUUGGCGUUAAAGUUCUCGUAUGCUUAGUCUUUGCCGUCGUAGUGUACAUCUAUUGGGCGUUAGGAGGAGCAGCUACUCAGGAUACUUACUCACUCUCUCUACCCGUGAUGCUGACAGCACCAUGGCUCACAUGGAUCGAUCGCUACAAUGAUAUAAGGGCCCCCCGAAUCCUAGUUUGGACCGGCUCGCCUUCUGAUGUUUCCCGCGUCGACGGAGCGUCUGCAUACCUGGCCAAGUGCAACUCCACCGACAGCCGCCGCCAAUACCCGCUGACAUGUUUUGUGACUCACGACCGGAGCCUCCUCAUGGAAAGUGACGCCAUCGUUUUUCAUGCCGACCUCGUGAACGUGAGCGACCUUCCCAGAAAGCGCGCAUCGAGCCAAUUGUGGGUGUUCUGGGCGCGCACUCACCCCGCAGCGCCGACUCAUGUGGAUGACGACCUUGACGAAGUCACCUCGCGCUUCAAGGGUACGGGAACGCCCUCAUCACUGCCCGUCCAGUUGGCGAAGAUCUUUAACUGGACCAUGGCCCAUCGUGAGGAUGCCUACGUUCGCAUUGUCCACAAGAGUUUCGUCCCUAACAGCCGAUCAAGAGCCAAGUUGUCAUCUAGCGUCAGCCCCAGUGACCGGUCAUUUAUGCAAGAAAGACGGGACGCCGCAUGGAUCGCUUCAGCCUGCGAACUAGAAAAAUUCAAGGAAAAGCAAGGAUGGAGGCGUCGUCUGGACGAUCUUGUGGACGACCUCGGUUAUGAGGUUGACCUCGACAGCAUGACACAAAUAGAUUUGCAGAUACUGCCGAACUGCGGGGCCGGCCUGUGCAAGUCGCCAAUCGACUGCGUCGCGCUAAUCGCCAAGAAAUUCAAGUUCAUCGUGGUCGCAUCGACGCCAGCCUGCUUCGAAAGCGUCGACGAUCUCGUCUACGAAGCGUUCAAGCACGACAUCGUUCCGGUGGUGCUUGCGUCGCCCAACUUCGAGCUCAAUUUUCCGCCCAAAUCCGUGUUUAGCACAACAGAGGAGCCUGGGUAUUUUCACGAGCACCUGCGUGCCCUGCUGAAUGCUCCCGCAUUAUACGAGACGUACUUCAAUUGGAAACAAGUCUACACUGUCACCACACUGAAGGACGAGCUGUGCCCGUUGUGCCACACUCUCCAUGAGCAGCGCAGGCGAUACGCUCCGCCUGGACUGGAUUACCGGGAGUGGUGGGAACGUCGCGUCAGAUGCCGUGGCAAAUAACCUGUGACUUAGCGGGAUGAGUCCACUUUGGCGUACAUGUGGCCAAAAUGUGAUCACACAUGGAGCAUUAUACGGUUGGUUUUAGCUUUCCCACGACAGAUAGUGUGCAACUACGCCCUUUGAACACUGCACAUUACUCGACUCGCUUCCUACUGAGCGCUCUUCGGUGCUGUCGAAUAAACGAGUCUCAAGUGCAUGCGCUUUCAAAGUCAGCAAAGCUUGAGAGCACGUGAUCUUACGGCGCUACCCCGCGGUGGGGCGCCACAUGUACAUUCUUAUGAUUUUUGGCGGACGUUUGGAAGUGAUGCCAA